CACCACCUAACCCAGCAGCUCACUGCCUAGGCGUGCUUAAAUAAGGAGGACAGCCUAGGGUGUGUACCAGCUCAUCGUCAAUCGAAAGCAGAUCGAACCCAAGAAUAUCAUCAUCCGUUAGCCGUCGCCACCACCACCAGUCCAGCACCAUGGCAGCGCCCCCCUCCUCCGUGUCCGUCAGGGCCGGCGCGUCCGUCUCGGCGAAGCUGACCCCUCGCCAGGCCGCGAGGGCUGGGUUCGGUGGCAGGGUCAGCGUCAGCUCGGGCAGGAAGUGCGGCGGCCCCGUGCGGGCGUCGCUCUUCUCGCCCAAGCCCGCUGUGGCCAUGGACGCGAGGCCGACCAAGGUGCAGGAGCUGCACGUCUACGAGCUCAACGAGCGCGACCGCGAGAGCCCCGCGUACCUCCGGCUGAGCGCCAAGCAGAGCCAGAACGCGCUCGGCGACCUCGUCCCCUUCACCAACAAGGUGUACAACGGGAGCCUGGACAAGCGGAUCGGGAUCACGGCGGGGAUCUGCAUCCUGAUCCAGCACGUGCCGGAGCGCAACGGCGACCGCUACGAGGCCAUCUACAGCAUCUACUUCGGCGACUACGGCCACAUCGCCGUGCAGGGGCCCUACCUCACCUACGAGGAGUCCUACCUCGCCGUCACCGGCGGCUCCGGCGUCUUCGAGGGCGCCUACGGCCAGGUCAAGCUCAACCAGAUCGUCUUCCCCUUCAAGAUCUUCUACACCUUCUACCUCAAGGGCAUCCCCGACCUGCCAAAGGAGCUGCUCUGCGCGGCGCCCGUCCCGCCCUCCCCCACCGUCGAGCCCACGCCCGCCGCCAAGGCCACCGAGCCACACGCAUGCCUCAGCAACUUCACAGACUAGCUACCUUAGCUUAGCCCAAAAUAUCUAUUAUUGCUCCUGCUAGUAGUUGAACUUGCGUGCGUGUGUUGCAACUUCACCGACUAGCUAGCUCUAGCAGUCUAGCUAGGCAGCCCAAAAUAUAUCUAUGUACGACCAAUUCCUUGUACCAGUGUUGAAUGAAUGUCCUUGCAACGGUGGAAUAAUUUCAAGUACGGAAACUUGAUUUCUUUCUCAAUAAAACAUUCAUAUUUGUUA